AUGGAAGCACCUUUGACUCCCAACACAUCUGCCUUUCUUUCUUACCUCGCGGCGGCUUCUGCACCUGCACCUGUUCAACAGCCCGAUCCGAAGCCGCAGAUGAAUAAUAACCCACUUACUUCUCUUCCUCCAUCGGCCUUCUUCCCUAUGCCUUUACCCGGUCGUGACACUCCGGAAGGCACACCACCAAGGUCGAACAACCCAUCUGCGUCUCCUGAACUUGGACCUCAGUUCCGUUCAUAUAGCGUCUCCGAUUCGGACGAACAGGCAGCCGGGGGUGGUCAACGGAGUAAUGACGCUGGACAACAUAAACGUAAAGUCGCCAAAGGUCAUAUGAGUUUGGAUGGUCUGGAAGAUGAAGAAGAUGAAUUCGAAAGUGAUGCGGGUGUCCCACAUGAGGAUAAAAGACAUCAUCAAAACGGAUCUGCACAGGGUAGGAAGGGACGUAAGUCUGGUGGAGGGGAAGAUGGGGAUGGGAAAGGUCCCAAGGAAAAGGAAAUGGGCAAGGCCGCUAGAAGGAAGGAACAAAACAGGGCUGCUCAGAAAGCCUUCCGUGAGCGUCGAGAGGCAAAGGUCAAAGACCUCGAGGAUAAGGUUAAGAAGCUGGAAGAAACGACAUAUGGAUAUACAGUUGAGAAUGAGAACCUUCGCGCUAUACUCAAACGCUUGCAGGAAGAAAACGUCGCUCUUAAACAAUCUGCUUUCACAUUCUCCAUGCCUCUAGCAGGUUCAGGUAUCACCCCGCCAUCCGGCGGCGCACCCACGCCAGCAGGCAUGCAAUUCAACCGAUCACCCGCAUCUGCACCUGUCACAGCGAACAAACCUUCCGUUCCGCACCGAGAUGUCAGUGUCAAUAGUCAGGAUGACCAACUUGUCUCACUCAGCGAUGUACCAAGCUCGCAUCGCUCCUCCGAGCCUUCGACUGCCAAUUCACCAGAAUCGUUGGUCUCCAUCAACAGCGCUCGACACGUUGACAGUCAACGACCAACCGAAGCAAACUUUUUCACCAAUGUCAGCCUUGGUCUUCCUCGCAUGCAUCCUUUCGCCAUCAAGCCCGACGGCACGGACUCUUCACCUUCGGACAGACAGACACCCCCGUCAUCAGGCGCCGACAAUAGAAGCGAAAUUGAUGCUUUGUGGGCAAGCUUUUACCCCAACGGUCUUGCAAACUUUCCGGGAGUUAACAAUCAAGGUGUUAAUAAUGUCGACGCCAAUAACGCAGCACAACAGCAGCAACAAACUCGUCAACAGAUACUUCAACAGCAAUUGCAACAUCUUCAACAGCAGCAAUCGCCUUUGAAUGCUCCCAGUCCAUUCUCACAAUUUAUGGCUCAAGUCCAAGCUUCCAACGCUCUUGCCGCGACCACUCCAGCCGUCGCCAACAUCAACGUUCCUGGUGCCCAAAGUAAUACCGACUCCGCGCCGUCACCCGUUCAACAACCCGCCAAAAGUAUGGCUUAUCGUGAUACAUCCACACGUCAAGAAGGACAAGUCAAUUGGGGUGCACUCAACCAAGAAAAUAUGUCGAACUUCCUCGAAUCUCUAUCUGGUGGACCUCCCGAGGCGGACAACUCGAUGGCCGAUGAUGACUUUUUCAACGCUCAACUUCGUCAAGUGCUUCAACCCGGCUCAGGAAUCACUCCAGGUAUCGCAUCAGGUCAAGGUAAUGGCGAAUGGAACUUUUCCGCUCCGAUCGCCUUCAGUCCCACCAAUUAUCUCAACAUGUCACCUUCACCACUCGAGACAGGUUCUUCCUCCGCUGAUUCGCCAACUUCAGGCUCUAUAUCAGGACCAGACGAUUCCAAAUCAUCUGCCACUACCCCGGAGUCGUCACCUGUACCAGCAGAAAUGGUGGAACCGUUGAUCAAAAACAAGAUUGUACGUGUUAUAGGGGAAGAUGGACGGGAUGUCAAGCCAUCAGAAUUAUGGGUUCGUGCUGGGUUACAUAACGUGACCCCGACCGAUAUCGUCAUUGAUGAUUUAUGCGACCAGAUGAGAGCAAAAGCUACUGUGAAAGGUGGCCAACAUUUCCUCAAAGUCGAAGACGCAGAAACCAUGUUACGCUGGCAAGCUCAAAUCGCCGCUCACGAUUGUUGA